AUGCCCCGUCCUGGUUCAGCAAAUGGUCUUGGGGUGUACAGCUCUGGCAGAGGCAGACCACAUGGGCUCAGUGUGGAAGAGACUGCUGGCAUUACCAUUCUUGCCAUCAUAGUUGCACUUGUUCUAAUUAUUGGAUGUUGGUACUUUAAGAGAAGGAGUGGCUAUAAAAUACUUGGGACUCAGCAGUUUCGCCCUUCUGCGAUCCGAGCUAUGAUGGCUGGAACAAGAGAGUCUGCAGAGUGUAAAGUACCAUUACAGGAUUACAACACCCUGAACAUUGUUCCAGGAGCUCCACCAGCAUAUGAGAAGAUCUCUGAAGAAGCUCAGCCUCCACCAUAUACGCCCUGA